UCUCUCUCUAUUACCGACCCGCUCCUCUCGUUACUUUCUUCCUUUUCUUCUUCCGGGCGCCUCCUUAUGUUUGCAAAACUAUCCACAGCGCUCGUCGCGCUUUUAUCUCUCACAUCCUCUUCUCAUGCACUACGACUCGAAAUCGAGGGGCGCCGGAUACCGCACGACCAGGUUUUGCAGCGGAGAGCCAGCCUCGCAGGCUCGUCGCCGCUUGCCAACUCGGCCGACCUGCAGUACACGACGACCGUCAAGGUCGGCGGACAAGACUUUGCCGUGCUCAUUGACACGGGCAGCUCCGAUCUUUGGGUAGCGGGCGAUUUAUCGUCUGCGACGCAGGACACAGGGAAAGCCGCGACCAUCUCGUAUGCCUCGGGCGGCGCGACGGGGCCCGUCAAGCUCGGCGCCGUCGAGUUCUCGGGCUUCACGAUUCCUAACCAGGCUUUCAUCAUGGUCACGCCUGAUGCCGACCACACCGCCGGUCAGGGACUGAUCGGGCUCGGCCCAAGCGCGGGCUCGGUCGUCUUCCAGACCUUUUCUUCCGCCGACGAGGGCAUCACCGUCCUCGACAACAUCUUCAUCCAGAACACGACGACGCCCAACUACAUCACGUUCACCCUCGGGCGCCUGAACGACCCGUCGGAGGUGUUCCCGGGCAACCUCACCGUCGGAGAGAUCCUGCCGGGCCACGCGAACAUCACGAGCCAGCCCAAGCUCGCGGUCACCGAUGUCUCCAUCGGCAACAGCGCGAACCAGCAUUUCCAGGUUCUGCUCGAUGCGGAUGGGUUCCUGGGCCCCGACGGACAGGCCAUUCCGUACAAGUCGGUGGUCAAGUCCACUUCCAACAAACAGCAGGCGACGGUCGUCGUCGACACCGGCUUCUCGUUGCCCCAGGUUCCUGCCACGAUCGCCAGUGGCAUCUACAGCCGCUUCCAGGGCGCCGAGCUCGUGAACGACACGGACGUCGGCCAGAUCUGGCUCGUGCCCUGCACGCAUGAAGUGAACAUCACGCUCAAGUUCGGCGGCGUCUCGUUCCCGGUGCAUCCCCUCGACGCCACGGUGGACCCGACUAUUUUCGGGCUGAAGAAAAAGACGACGUCGGCCGGUGUCACCGCUUGCCUGGGUGUCUUCCAGCCUGUCUCGUUCAACACCGGCUCCGAUCCUUCGUACGACAUCAUUUUCGGAAUGGCGUUCCUCCGGAACGUGUACACUUUGGUCAACUUUGGUGACUUUGUCGACCAUGCGACGAGCAAGGCCGAGCCGUACAUCCAAUUCCUAUCGACUACCAACACUACUGACGCUCAUCUUGAUUUCGUCAACUCCCGGCUGGGUGGCGUCGACACGACGAACGGCACGGUCCUGCUCGCCCCGGCCAGCCAGCCCACGACGUCGGACAGCUCGGGCAACAGCCUCGUCGACUCGUUCAACAAGCACCGGACGUACUACAUCAUCGCGGCCUCUGUCCUGGGCGGGCUCGUGCUGCUCGUCGUCGGGGCCUGGAUCUUCCAGUCCCGCCGCACCCGGUCGCGCGGUGUGUACAAGCAGCUCAACCUGCCGCAGCAGAGCGGCGCGGGGGGUGUCCCCCCGAUGUACCAGUACCAGCAGACGCAGCCGUACAGCUCGCACCCGCCCGAGUACAACGCCGAGCGGCCGUACGACCCGCCCACCGAACACGUGCCGUAUCACAACCCCUUCGAGGCCAGACACUGAUUUCUCUCUUGAUUCGUCAUCAUCAUCAUCAUGGACUUGCUUUGCUGCAUCAUCUAUUACCUCUAUCUCUCCGCCCCAUGUAUUUUCUGUGUUAAUGCUAUCCAGCGCUAUCAAAUGGAUGGACAUGAG